ACAUUUCUCAUUUCUUCCUUCUUAGCGUUUUUUUUUUUUUUUUUUUUUUGGUUUCUCUCAAGACUCUCCGUUUCAAGCCGAUCAAAGGAUGAGUGGUUCACAAGCUCAAGACAGUGCGUGUUCCUUGGACCAGCCAAGCAAAAAUGUGGCUGCCACAGAGACGAAACCAAAGAAGAGGAUAUGCUGUGCUUGUCCUGAUACAAAAAAGCUAAGAGAUGAGUGCAUUGUAGAACACGGUGAAUCCGCUUGCACGAAAUGGAUCGAAGCUCAUCUUUCGUGUCUUCGAUCCGAGGGUUUCAAAGUUUGAGAGUAUGUAUUUAAAAACAAAAUUUCAUGGAUAAAAAAAAAAACUAAACAUAAUACAUCUUAUUCUUUUUUUGGG